CAUGAGAUUGUCAAUCUCUUAUGCCGCCGGCCCGCCUCUUACAUAUGCCAAGACGAUCUACAGCACUCGACCGACUGGGAGACAAGGCAGGAUCUGUGCAACAAAGUGAUGGCCCAUCUUCAACUCCCCGCACAUGCGUGUUUUAGACUGAUAUGUCGGCAACGGUCCGCUUAUGAAGAUCUGCAAGCGCCCGAGAUCAGGGCUUCUCUGAUACAUAUAUAAGUGAGGUCAGAGGAGAAGGGAGACCCAACGAAAACUAGUCGCUUUCGUCUUGGUAUCUCCCAUCCCAGCCAUGAAGUCAAUCGCUAUCUCUCUCGCUCUGGCGUCUGCCGCGACCGCGCGGACGAUGACUGUGUACAACGCAUGCCCGUUCACUAUCUGGCCUGCGUACUUCACCAGUGCUGGAGGUACUCCCAACUAUCCUACGGGAUGGGCCGCUGGUGCCUUCAGCGCAGUCACUUUCGACAUCCCGAAUGAUUGGAACGGACGUAUCUGGGGUCGUCGCAACUGCGAUUUCUCGAACAACCCGGGCCCCAACUCCUGCCUGGAUGGGGGCUGCAACGGUGGAUUGCUCUGCGAUCGUGCCACUGGCACUGGUGUUCCGCCUGCGUCAUUGGCGGAGUUCAACCUCGGGGCGAACGGCGGAAGCACCGAUUACUACGAUGUCUCCGUCGUCGAUGGAUACAACCUCCCCGUUCGGAUCGACAACACGGCAGGUUGCGCUCUCUCUGAGUGUCCCGUUGACCUUGGGCCCAACUGCCCUGCUGAGCUCAAAGGACCAUUCGAUUCAUCUGGCUUUCCCGUCGGCUGCAAGAGCCAAUGCUAUGUUGACGCGCUCAACGGCCAUCCGAACGACAACCCCAGCUGCUGCAGUGGAAUUCAUGACACGCCUGCUACUUGCCCGUCUUCCGGUGUUGGGCAUUACUCCUACUUCAAACAAGCCUGCCCAUUGGCUUACGCUUACGCUUACGACGAUCUGACCUCGCUCUUCACUUGCCCGACUGGUGCUCAGCCGUCGUAUACUGUCACCUUUUGCCCUGCCUCGUAAGGAGCCAAAAGUAUCGAUUGAUCCCCACGGAUAAGCAAGUACAUACCAACUUCGUACGCAACAUUGAAUACAAAUCACCUGGGAAUUGAAGCCAUCUCUUUAUCCGAUCUUAACGACGAAACACUGACGCGAACAAGACCCGACGGGAUCUGCUUCCCGCUGAUGUAAACGAGUGCAUUCAUUUCAAAAACACGUGCCUCGCAUUUUGCAACUAGCCAUGUCGGAACCGGGAUCACGAAAGGGCACGACCAGCUACGAUGCUGUUUGCCUUGUGACUCCGGCUUUGCAGCUCCUUUAUGCCAGGUGACGCCAACGGCAAUGCCUUUACUGGGGUCCAUAGGUAUAAAUUCGCCGGUGGCGGUGAUCGUCGUCGCUCCUUCGUAGCGGAUUGAGAAAGGCGGAAGCUGCUGCCUACUUUGAAUCGAGGGCGGAUGCGUCGGCGCAACGCUCGUACUGAUAUAUGUGAGAUCGACGAUCGUCGCGCCCGGUUGAGAAAUUG